GGGCCCCCAGGCCAAAAUGACAGCCAAGAAGUAGUCCCACCCUCAGUAAUAUGUAUGUGUCUAUGUGUAUUUGUAAAUGUUUAUAAUAAAAUACUUUAUUGAACUGUUCUGUGUUGGUUUUCACUCAAUUAUAGAACUUGUACAAGAUUUCCCUCUAUUGAAUGGUUUUACGUUUAGCGAUGUUGUAUUGUGUGCAUUUUCACUUUUCAAAAUUAUUUAGGUUCGAUGGCAUACGACUUAUUUGAAGUGAAAAAUUUUUAUUUUCUUCUCGGCCAAGUUUAAGAAUUUUUGUCCACUCUAUUUAGGCUAUUAGAUUGUAUUAUCUCCCACUGUCAUAGUUUUGGAGCAUGUGAUUUGUCAACUAUUUGCAGAGUAAUAGACACUCUUUUAAGCAUUUGAAAGGACAUUGUGAAACGCAUAGCCUCUGACAUAGUAAGCUAAAUGUAAUUUGGCACAGUAGUAGAUGUGGCACUCAAAAACCUUUCACUCAUUCUAGCAUUAUUCCAUCCAUCGAAAAUUGAGGAACUACAUGCAGUGACGUUCGUGACUGUGAUUGGGUAGUUUUAGAAUGCGCGAGCCAGAUAGAUCCCUUUAAAACCGUGGACCGUUCUCAACAGAGUGAGUAGAGUUGAGCUUGGACCAAUAGACCGCACUGUUGGGAAUAUUGCAGAUAGGCUAACUGGAAAGAUGGUUGACAAGUUUGUGGGGACCUGGAAAAUGAUUUCCAGCGAGAACUUUGAUGACUACAUGAAAGCUUUGGGUGUUGGUUUCGCGACCCGGCAGGUGGGAAACCGCACCAAGCCCAGUUUGAUCAUCAACAUGGACGACCAAGGAAUGAUCUGUUUGAAAUCCCAGAGCACUUUCAAAACGGUUGAGGUUAAAUUCAAUCUCAACGAGCCUUUCGAGGAAACAACCGCAGACGACAGAAAAACAAUGACCGUUUUUAGUCUUGAAAAUGGCAAACUUGUGCAAAAACAGAAGUGGGACGGCAAAGAGUCAACAAUAGAGAGAGAGGUGACUGGUGAUGGAAAGUUGAUAGCGAAAUGCGUGAUGGGAGAUGUGAUUGCGGUGAGGACGUACAUGAAGGAGGUGUAAUGGGACUCAGGACCAUUUUGUUUCGGAUGACGACAGGCUCAGUUCAAUGAGCAGCAAAGCUAAAGUUGCUCAUAUUAUUCAUUGUAUUGCCAAACAAAUUUAUGCAUUCAAUAUAAUACAUUUGAUUAUAAACAUUGUUUUGAUUUUAAUAAAAAACUUUAAAUUGC